AUUUAUAUUCCAUUCCCUAUAGUUUCUGCGGAUUCUAUUGCAACUCUUUUAAAUAUAUUCACUUGGAUACUAUACAAUUCUUAAUUAGAGAUUGAUAUAUGAGUUUAUGUCAUACUUUCACUCACUACUCUCUCUCUCCCUCUCUCUUUGUAUGUGUGUCUCACAAACAAACAACAACAACAUAAUGGUGCGAGCUCCUGUUGUUGAUAAGGAUGGAGUCAAGAGAGGUGCUUGGAGUUUGGAAGAAGAUCAAAAGCUUAGAGCUUACAUCGAGAAAUACGGCCCUUGGAAAUGGCGGGAGGUUCCAAGGCUUGCAGGAUUGAUGAGAUGUGGGAAGAGUUGUAGACUGAGAUGGUUGAAUUAUCUUCGUCCGGGUCUUAAGCGAGGAAACUACACAAAUGAAGAAAAUGAAUUAAUCUGCAAAUUGCAUCAAACGCAUGGAAAUAGAUGGUCAACUAUCGCCGCAAAGUUACCCGGAAGAACAGACAACGAAGUAAAGAAUUAUUGGAAUGCUCACUUAAAGAAACAAGUGAAGCCGAAAACAGAAUCAUCAACAAAACAUGAGGGAAAACCAAAGGAUCUAAGUUUGUCUCAUGUUUAUGAAGCAAAAACAUCAAAGGACUUCGCGGAGUACUGUUCAAGCACAUUUGGGAUCCUAGAAAGCAGCUCAUGUUUGUCCCAACAAACAUCUUCAAGUGAUGAUAAUUUUGGGACUGUAAUAAAUUGGAGAAUGGAAGACUAUAAUAUUGAUCAGCUGCAGAUCAGUGGGUACUAUGAUGAUUUCUGGACAGAACCAUAUGUUUGGGAUCACAAUGAAACAAAUGCAUUCUCAGUAGACUAUGGAAUUGAAAUGUUUUCUCCUCAACAACAAUAUGAAACAGCCUACGACCAUAAUUACUGUGAUUUGUUCUGCUAGCUACUUUUCUUGGUGUUCAUAUUAGAAACAUCCAACCAUAUUGUUUCUAAUUUCCUACUUUAUACAGAUGUUAUGUAUGAUCAUCAUGCAUUUGGAAGAUUGUACAUUAGUUGUUGUCCAUAUUUUUCCAAAACUCUUGGAAUAUGCCACUUUAAGGAAAACUGAGAUUUUGAAGGGCGGAGCAGGUGCAUUCAAAUUUGUAAAUCAGCCACAUACUCUUAAAUUAUUUUCGAUUUGGAAAAA